GUUAAAAAAAGAAAGACUAUAAAACAUAAGUCAGCUCUUGUUUGUACCCGGCACUAGUUGUCAUCCCAACUGCGUAACUGCAUGUUUUUGUAUGUCUUAAUAUCUGCCGUUAAGGAAGACUAAAGCAUCUUUUAUUAUGUAAACGAGUCAACAAACAAAUUAGAUUGUUUAUGAUGAUAAAAAAAGAAACAUGGAAAACUUGAACCGAGUUGGCAUAAUAGAAUUCACCACCCGAAGACACAUAGAUCAAGUUGUCAGGCCAAUACAAACGCUUAGAGACUAUCGUGUUGCAGAGUUGCCGAGUCGUCUAAAAAGUGAGGUUUUGUCAUUUGACAUCGUUCCGAGCCCUAUUCUAAAUUCAUCUUCAAUUAUCCUAUGCAGUAUCGAUCGUUUCACGCUGCUCUUAAGAUUCCGCAGAGGGAAAAUCGCACUGAUAACUUUGUAGAGGAAAAUUCACGUGGGACGAGCAGCGGUCUCCGACAGCAACUUUAUCAAGACAGUGGAGGAGAUGGGAGUAUAAACUGUGCAUUACGUAUCUGCCAGUGUAUUUGUCGACGAGGCCGAGUGAGGUUGGUUGAUUAUACUCUUCAGGGGAUUUUAAUACCACCCGGUUUUAUUUUUCGUCUUCAGAUGACGAAACUCUUAACUUCUUAAGAAGAAAACGAAAACUGAAGAUGCAGGCCUUGGCUCAACCAGAGCAGUUUCUUAUCCAGAACGUUCACCACGGAGAGCGUACCCAGGACCCUGGUGAAGAAGGGCGUCCGGGAGCAGUCGAUUCUGGAUGUGGGUCCAGUCAGAGCAGAAAAGCAGACCAAGAAUCUGGGGAGUCAACUGGGAGGAGGGUCGUUGUGCUCAGGAAGCCCCCUAGCUCACAGGUACAGAGUUCUGUCCUCCCUCAGGACAGGGAGCACACAAGUGAAAAAUGUAGCGUCGGCAGAAGUUCUUCUUAUUUACCUAAAAGUUCAAAGAGUAAAAAUGGUAGGGCGAACAAGGCAUUCAGAGUGCCCAGCGGCCAAACGGAGUUCAGACCCAAAGCGAAGGGGAGCCUGUGUGUCAAUGCUUGGAAGGAGUACCUGUUAGGAACCAGCGUCCUGCAUCCCAAAAUCAUCACGUUCGACCGGUGGGAGAACGGAUGCGACACGUGGUACAAACUCUGGUGCGCUUACACUGCAAUCGUCAGCAGCUGUUCUUACUACAGCAUGUGGAUCAAGAGGCUCCUUCUCUAUACUCUGCGAAUAUUCGUUCCAAUAACAGGCGGGAAGCUCUACUUCUGUUACUUCAGGCAUUACCACAUAUCUAUACACAAGAAGGGCGAGGAGCAGAGUCUGAACAUCAAAUUCCAUGGCAGCCCCUUCCAAGGGGUGACCCUGUAUUUCGCGAGGAUUUGCUGUCCAUUCUGUGCUGCCGAGUCUCAGCGGACUUUGACGAUGAAGUAUUUCCAGAGCACUGUGAUGGAGCGUCGGUAUUUGAUGAGGCAUAAGCUAGCUACUUGAAGCACUGCAAAACUUCUUGCUUGCAGGAAUAGUGAAAUCAUAUGGGCGUUUUACAAGUAACUUUCCAGGGCGCUUGCCUGGUGUAAAGGUCAUGGUACGUCAUGCAGCUGGUGGCCAGAACUCGGGCUGUCUCAGAUGUACUGUUUUUGUUUUUACAAAGACUUUAAAUUCACGGGAGAAAUGUUAUACCCUGUAACUAAGCAGCUAAUUGCUCUAUGGGCUGAUGAUUGACCAAUGUUUAGAGUUGUUUUUGCCAUCAGUGUCAAAGUAGUAGUAAUAUAGGAUCUGUAAUGUGAUAGCUAAUGACUGGAACAAGCGUCCAAGGGUUUUACUCUUCACCUCACUCCAGUCGUAAAGUUUUUUUUAAGUGAAACUAUGUGUUCUAAAGUUGUGAUAAAAGUAAUCAUUAUCAAGUAAAGCAUUCAGUGCAGAACUGACAAGUAGCCUUUGACACAAAACUCUUACAAGCAUUAUCUUCGGAACCCAAAGCCUAUUUAGUGUACCAUUAUGAACUGAAGCAGUUGAUACACUUUAGUGUUCAUGGUAGUUAACAAUACCACAAACCCAGUUAUUGGUCUCUUUGCAAAUAGAUAUUUAAACUUGAUCAGUCCUCAAACAUCAGGUGAACGUUUCAACUACGUCUGUGUAAUAGUUUGAAUGAAAAUGAUACCACUCUGAGACCCUGAUCAGAAUCAGCCUUGUAUUUGAGUUAUAGGAACAAUCAUUCUUUGGUAAAUAUGUUUACAUGUUAAUUUGAUGCAAAUUAAACACGUGAUAGUUGCAGCCGCUUGCAAAUCAUUCGUCUGCCUGACUUAUGUCAGGAUGUUAUUGUAAUUUCGUAUUGUUAGCGUCAUCAUACUGAUCAUUGUUAUUGUUGGUAAUUUGGUAGUCAGCCACAUUUCCUUCACUUGGUAGCAACUGUUAUGUCGCAGCAUAAUCGAUUUACUUUUUCACAUCAUGAUUACAAAAAUUUAUACAUUUUUUAAAACAUUUUAUGUUACAUUCAUUGUCCUAUUUUUAGGCGAUCUUUUAAAAUAAUUUUUAAAAUAAAAAUCAAGUCAUCAAAAAGAGGGAAAGCUGAGCCAGGAUUUAUUCGAAAACAUUUGAUUGUUUUAAUGAUCAAACGAGUUCCUAUGAGAGAAAUGAAUGAAAAGAAAAAAUCCAUU